UCCGCCUUGCACAUGUGUUUACAAGAAAUGUGGCACCUCUAGUUCGAGAAAAAUUGUAAACAGCAGUUGGUCAGUGAAACCGUCUGUACGUCGGCUGAAAUAUGGGCAAGUUAAAUGUCGUGAUAUUAAGAUACUUCUCUCGAGAUGACUUCCGAGUCCUCACAGCGGUUGAGAUGGGGAUGAAAAACCAUGAGAUCGUUCCAGUAAGUCUUCUGUCUUCCAUAGCAAGCCUCAAGCAUGGCGGCUGCAACAAGAUCCUCAGAGAGCUUGUGAAACACAAACUUGUGGUCUAUGAGCGCACCAAGACUGUGCAGGGCUAUAGGUUGAACUACACAGGAUAUGACUACUUGGCUUUAAAGACUUUGUGUGCCAGAGAAGUAAUCCUUUCUGUUGGCAACCAAAUGGGUGUUGGCAAAGAGUCAGAUAUAUAUAUUGUGGCGAGUCCAAGCGGAGAGCAGUAUGCUCUCAAGCUGCACAGGUUGGGCCGUACAUCUUUCAGGAAUCUGAAGAACAAGAGAGAUUACCACAAGCAUCGAAAGAACAUGUCCUGGCUCUAUCUCUCCCGCCUCUCUGCUAUGAAGGAGUUUGCCUACAUGAAGGUGCUGUAUGAUCGAGGCUUUCCAGUUCCCAAACCUAUGGACUACAACAGACAUGCUGUAGUGAUGGAGCUCAUCAAUGGAUAUCCACUGUGUCAGGUGCAUGAACUGCAGGAUCCGUCGGCCCUGUAUAGUGAGUUCAUGGACCUCAUAGUCAAGUUGGCCAAUCAUGGCCUCAUUCAUGGAGAUUUUAAUGAAUUCAACCUCAUGUUGGAUGACCAGGACCACAUAACAAUGAUUGACUUUCCUCAGAUGGUGUCUACAUCACACCCCAAUGCUGAAUGGUAUUUUGACCGAGACGUCAAAUGCAUUCGUGACUUCUUUGCAAAGCGAUUCAAUUACGAAAGUGAGCUCUUUCCAACCUUUAAAGAUAUCAGGCGGUCGUGUUCUCUAGAUGUUGAAGUUUCAGCCAGUGGCUUUACCAAAGAUAUGGAGAGAGAUGGUGCAUUGCUACACCCAGCUGGACCUGAGGAUGAUGAUGACGAGGAGGAGGAUGAGGAGGAGGAGAAGGAUGCCAAAGAGGCGACAGAUGAGGAAAGAGAAGAGUCUGUGGACAUGGAGGAAUAUAAACAUGCAAUGCUGGAACUGGAAGGAUUAAAAGUUAGUGAAACACCUGCAGAGACACAAGAUCAGGACGCAGAAAAGAGUGAGAACAGGGCCGAGGAUAAAGAGACUGAGGCUGCAUCUCCAGCUGUAGGUGAUGAAGAAACAGAGAAGCAGUUAGAUGAAGAGUUGGAGGAAGCAGAGGAUGAGUGCCCAGAGCUGGCAGACCUUUCUGCCUCCAACAAGGAGUUCAAACCUUUCAGAGAUGCAGACAGUCUUCUACAAAUUGCAGAACACAGGAGGAGAAGGACAGACAGUGAGGCCUCGAUGGGCAGCAUAGGGAGCUGCUCUACCAUACCACCAGAGGUAAUCCGUCAGAAGGUGCGGAGGCAACUCACCAAACAGCAGAAGGCCGCACAGAGGAGACGUUUACAGAAGGGCGAGGCCAACUUGGUGACCAAAUCCAGGAGGGAAAACCAAAAUAACAUUAAGUCUAGCAUGGAGAGCUCUGAAUUCUGGGGAUAAAAAGAACAACAGUGAUGGAAUUCAUGCCAAUGUGCUUUUUUUUUUUUUUUUUUUUUUGUCUGAAGAGUUGUAAACACAAUAAAUACUGUGUAUUUAUGCAAAAACUUGCCUUUUCUAUAUCAUCAUAGAGAAAUCAAAGUGGAAUAACAAAGCAGAGAUGACACUAAAGUGAAAAACUGUUUCUCUUGUUUUGGCUCCUUUAUUCAUAAAAUCUCCUGCUUAAUCGUGGACAAACCAUUUUUCUUUUGAAUCUCAGUAAAAUGUUGCUUUACAUAUAUAAAUACGGACUAGUUAAUAUAGCAAACUGAUAUGAUUAAACUAUGAAAGUGUUUU